GGUGUAUCUCAAAUAAAGGAUAAGGGAUACAAUAGUUUGACGGUAACAUAGGAGUAAAUAUAGUAAUAGUAAUAUAAUUCGUAAUGAGCGAAAGUGAGCAAGCUUCCGAAAUACGGCGACUACUGGAUUCGCAGGUCAAAAAGUCAGACCCCUUUGCAAUUCUGAAGCUGGAUAUUGAGACUUGCGAAGCUUCUGAUGUAAACAAAGCAUAUCGUCGCAUCGCUUUGCAUCUCCAUCCAGACAAAUGCAAGCUACCAUAUGCCGCCGAGGCUUUUCAUGUCGCAGAGAAAGCGCACAAGUUGUUGAGUCAGGAGGUUGUUUUGAACCACCUCAAGAGGGCUCACAUGAGGCGAAAAGAGGUACAUUCCGAGUCAACCUCGUCCUCUGUACCGAAUGGUUCUACUCAACAAAAGUCAAGCUCCGCUCCGUUGUCAUCAACAUCGAAAUUUCAGUUUGGCACACUUUCAAAGCUUUCCUCUUCAGGGCUUUCUACCGAUGAGCAAAAGUCAGCUGAGAUCGAUCGCUUGCUGCGAUGCAAAUCGAACGAUUAUUUUGUAAUCAUGGAUCUGGAUCCAGCGCAAUGUGAGGUCGCUGACGUGGACAAACGCUAUCGUCGAAUGGCACAAGCUCUACAUCCUGACAAGUGUCAGCUACCACAUGUCUCUGAUGUGUUUAAAUUGUUUGAAAAAGCACACAAGGAGCUAAGCGAUGAUAAAAAGCUUAGGCGGUUUAAGAUGUCUUUUUUGCAGCAGCAAAAGCGUGAGGCUGCACUACGUGAGGAGAUGCUUCAGCGAGCUGGUCAAAAUAGACAGGAACAGCAGCCACAGUCAGGGUCUUCAAGUGGACUAACAGCUGAGGAGCGACUUGAGUUGCGUAGGCAGGAAGCCCUAAGAGAGCAACAAAUGGAAGCGAUGCGACUUGGUGAUGAGGCCUCCCGCAAAAGGAAGAGAAUGGAAGAAAAAGAAACAGAAAUGCGAGAGCUUGCUGCGGAGCUGGAGCGGCAGCGGAAGGAGUGGCGAGAUUUGCAGAUUUUCUAA